GUGUCACCAACCGUACCGCUUCGCAAAUGCAUUCUGUCAUACUACGGUUACGGUAUUGGAUGUUAAACUAUCGAUUUCCGAUAGGUAUGGAAUAACGACAUUUUUUGACAUAUACCGCCUCAUGUUAUCGAAAGUUGUGUUAAAAUCAAAAGGAGUCACAUUAAAUUUGUUUAAAUACGUCGCUGGUUACCGUUUCAUUAUGGAGAACAACAAUGAUCUAAGAGGAGUGGACCUGGGCCUAUCUCGAGCUGAUAUGUUGGAACAGCUCGAAAAAAGACUAAUAUUUCCGCCCGCCGGCAAGGAUAUGACGCUGGAACGUCUGGAGGAUAUCUAUCGCACUUUCAUAGUUUUCAAGCCCAAGGGAGAGCGCAAGCAGCGCAUUCCAAGCCCCAAUCCCGAUUUCAAUAACAAUUCCAAUUCCUUCGAAAUAGAGCAGCUUUCGGAGCGCAUCAAGUCGGUUGUCAUAGUGGGACAGAAACGAGCGCAUGGUGAGAAAAAUAGCGACGACCAAGCCAAGCAAAUCAAGAUUGACCAGUACUGACCCCAUGCUGAUUGGCGAUAACACA